AAGUGUGCGUGCAUAAGGGAGCUAAGAGAGGAAGCAGCUUGGUCCUGUGGUUUGUGGUUCCGGUAUGUUGAAAGCGUGUUAAUGCAUGGGAUAAAAGUGCAGUGAUGAAGGUAGCUUUUAUGGUUGCUGAGAAGCCUUCAUUGGCCGCAUCGUUAGCAAAUAUAUUGAGCAAUGGAAAAAAUUCGUCAAGGAAAGGUUCAAAUGGUUCCUGCUCGAUACAUGAGUGGACAGGUCCAUUUCAUGGUGAAACAGUUCAUUUUCGAAUGACAUCUGUGUGUGGUCAUGUGAUGACUUUGGAUUUCAUUGGAAAAUAUAACAAUUGGGACCGUGUUGACCCUGUGGAGCUGUUCUCAUGCCCAACAGAGAAGAAGGAAGCCGUGCCCAAACUAAGGAUGCAGUCAUUUUUAGCACAUGAAGCCAGAGGAUCCGACUACUUGAUCUUGUGGCUAGAUUGUGACAAAGAAGGAGAGAACAUAUGUUUUGAAGUGAUCAGUGGUGUGCAGAAUUCCAUGAGGAGGAGUAUACAGAGUCCGGAUGUUGUAUUCCGAGCCCAUUUUUCUGCUAUAACUGAGAAAGAUAUUAAAGGGGCUCUCACAAAUUUAGGGAAACCUAAUGAAAAUGAGGCUCGCAGUGUAGAUGCUCGUCAGGAACUAGAUCUUCGCAUUGGUUGUGCCUUUACUAGAUUCCAGACUAAGUUCUUUCAGGGCAAAUAUGGAGAUUUGGAUGCAUCUCUUAUUUCAUAUGGUCCCUGCCAGACACCAACUCUUGGUUUCUGUGUUCAGCGCCAUGAUGAAAUUCAGACUUUUAAACCAGAAUUGUACUGGGUCUUGCAACUUGUGGUUCAUACAAAUGAUGGAAGAGAGGUUACACUUGACUGGGACAGAGUACGAUCUUUUGAGAAAGAAAUUGCCACAAUGUUCAUGCUGCAGGUGAAGGAAUUCAGCGAAGCUGUGGUUGUGGCUGUGACAAAGAAGGAGAAAACUAAGCAGCGUCCCCAGGCUUUGAACACUGUUGAAUUGAUGAGAGUAGCCAGUUCGGGUCUUGGUAUGGGACCUCAUCAUGCCAUGCAAAUUGCUGAGAGACUCUACACACAAGGCUACAUCAGUUAUCCCAGAACUGAGACUACGCAUUAUCCUGAAAACUUUGAUUUAAUGGGUGUACUGAAACAACAGCAGCACAGCACCGAGUGGGGAUUUGAGGUUCGGGAUAUCAUAACAGAUGGAAUCAGCAAGCCAAGGAAAGGUCAUGAUGCAGGUGACCAUCCUCCCAUCACUCCAACGAAGUUGGCCAACCGAAGUGACCUUGAUGGAGAUGCAUGGAAGUUGUAUGAUUACAUCGCUCGCCAUUUUAUUGCCACAGUGUCUCGAGACUGCAAGUAUCUCAGCACAACAGUGACUUUCCAAGUGGGUUCUGAGACAUUCACAUGUACAGGCAAGACCCUUUUGGAUCCAGGUUACACCACAGUCAUGCACUGGCAGGCGUUUGGCAAGAAUGAAACUGUUCCUACCUUCACUGAAGGAGAGAUGGCCAACAUACAGGAUGUGAAGCUAGUGGAAUGUCAGACAUGCCCACCAGAUUAUCUGACAGAGGCUGAGCUUAUUACACUGAUGGAGAAACAUGGAAUUGGUACCGAUGCUUCGAUUCCAGUCCACAUAAACAAUAUCAGCCAGCGGAACUAUGUUACUGUAGCUUCUGGUCGUCGCCUUAUUCCCACACCGCUUGGCAUCAUUCUGGUGCAUGGCUAUCAAAAGAUUGACCCGGAGCUUGUGCUUCCAACAAUGAGGUCUGCAGUGGAGGAGCAACUGAACCUUAUUGCACGUGGACAGGCCAACUUCACUGCCGUCUUGCAGCAUACUGUCGAGAUCUUCAAGCAGAAAUUCUUGUACUUCGUGAAGAACAUUGAGGGAAUGGACCAGUUAUUUGAAGUGUCAUUCUCUCCACUUGCAGCAUCAGGAAAAGCUCACUCACGCUGUGGAAAAUGCCGGAGAUAUAUGAAGUACAUCCAGGCAAAACCAUCCCGCAUGCACUGCUCCCACUGUGAUGAAACUUACAAUCUGCCACAGAAUGGGAACGUCCGGAUCUACAAGGAGCUGAAGUGUCCACUUGAUGACUUUGAGUUGCUGUCAUGGUCUGCUGGAGCUAAGGGCAAGAGUUAUCCAUUUUGCCCGUACUGUUUCAAUCAUCCGCCAUUCCGGGAGAUGAGGAAAGGCAGUGGUUGCAAUGCAUGCACUCAUCCAACAUGUCCACACAGCCUGAACAGUACUGGCAUCUCCAGCUGCAUAGAGUGUGAGGGUGGUGUUUUGGUGCUCGACCCUGCCUCUGGGCCCAAGUGGAAGCUUGGUUGCAAUAGAUGUGAUGUGAUCAUUCAUUUGUUUGACGAUGCACAGAAGGUGACUGUUGAGGAUGGAGUGUGCAUGUUGUGUGGUGCGCAACUUGUUAAUGUGGAAUACAAACAGGAUAAGAGUAAGCUUAUAAACGAAGCAACCGAGAUGAGUGGAUGUGUGUUUUGUUCGCCUUACUUCACUCCAUUAGUUGAGAAACACCGGGCUGUGUCACGACCUCCAGGCAGCCGGGCUCCACGUGGGAGAGGUGGCAGGGGGCGUAGCAGGGGCAGGCCAAGACCUCCAAAGGACAAGAUGGCUCAACUGGCAGCAUACUUUGUGUGAAAGAAAACAUGACCAGGAAUACUUUUCCAAAGGCUCCAGCUCCCAGAACACUGAGCACAUCAAAGUUCUUGCUGGACACUGGGUUGACCUUCUCUGCUGCCAUGGGCUUUGUGAUCUGCUGUAUACAUCUCCAAAUUCAAAAGAAGAAGCAAGAAGCAAGAAAUGUUGAGGGCAGCUUCCCCAGUAUGUGGACACCACAGGAUCUUGACUAUCUUGACGUAAGAAGAAUGACUGACCAGAUAACAUCCACUAUAAUACACUCAUCAGCGGCCUCUUCUCAAACACACUCAGUCUGUGUUCCUCUCUUAAUGUCAAAGACAAAAUAUUGAGCCCAUACAAAAUCACAGGAAAAUUAUAAAAUUCUAUGUAUUAUAGUUUUUAUGUUUUUAGACGGAACAUGAACAGACAAACUGUUCUGGACUGAAUGGUAGCAAGCAUUACUCAGAUUCAUUCUCCUCGCAAUUUCAUCCUGAGUUCAAAAUUUUGAUUUGUAACUGUCAUUACUAAAUAUUUAAACUGUGCCACAUUUUUGAAGGAUCUAUAACCUCUCUUCUUGUUAUAAUUUUGGCCUAGUUUCUGGUGAUGAGACAGUAAGAUACUCAUAGUUUUCUCUGUGUUCAGGUCUAGACCAAACUCCUUAAUAGUGUCAGAAUGUCUGUGUUUUUCUUUAUUAUAUUUUUCUUAUCUUCCAGUAGCUAGAGAUAAUCAGCAUGUACCGGAAGCUGAUUAAGCUGAUGUGUUCCAUUUAAUUUCAGUCUUACCUUCUGUCUGUUAACUGUGAACUCUGUUGCAUGGCCAU